AUGGCUUCUGUCACCAAUCAUGGGAGAGGACAGGUCAACCUUUAUAUCCCUGCUGGGUGUCCUAACACAGCAGACGAUAGAGUACAGCUGAUUCAGAACGGUAUCUCCACCGUGUCCCGAUUCUCCUUUAGGCUGUUCACCUUUACCAACUUUUCAUCCAUCUAUCUGCACUGCCAGGUUCACCUGUGUCUUUUGAGACAUAACAACUGCACAGCUCACUGCUAUCCAGGUUACCACAGGCAAGUGAAGAGGGACAUAUCCUACCAUGCCACUACAGACAUCUCACUAGGACCACUAACUCUGGUGCCACAUAAGAUGGUCAGAAUGGUGAAAUCAAGCAGCGCUACAGGCCAGCUGACCUCGCUGAUGACUCUGCUGAUCAGUUUGCUGACUGCUAAAACUCUGGUGUAGGGUGAUCAACAAUGAUCCAUGUUCUACAGUCACUCAACAAAUGUUUGCUCCUGGAUUGUAUUUCUUAUCCUUGUUAUGUUUUGUAUUUCUGGUUAGUUAAAAAGUAGAAGCAGUUAUUACUUUAUCACAUUAAG